ACAAGCUUGUGGUCGGUCAGCGGGAGCCUGGGGGCCGUCGGACCGGAGCGGUUAUGAGGAGGUUGGAUGUGGUGGCUCCGCCUGGGCCGAGUGCUGAGGGACGAGUAGUGCCCUCCGGGUUGAUUAUAAGCCCCGUUGGGGGGGGGUCCCUGCUCCAAUCAGGCUGAGAGUCCGUAGAUGAUUAACCCGGGGGGGGGGGGGGGGUCUGCAGAUGCUGGAAAUCUGAUGAAGGGUCUCGGCCCUUUCCUUCAUAGACGCUGCCUGGCUUGCUGAGCCUGCAACAGUUUGCGUGUGUUGCAGCAGCAAGUGUUUCGGUUUACUGCCGUUGCAAGAGAAAAGGAGACGUUGAUUACUGUUCCUUGCUGAUCUGGGCUUGUAUUAAAACCGCUCGUCGGGAUGGCCGACCAGGACAAGGUUAAGCGCCUCCUCAGACUGACCCAAGAAGGGAACCGCGGGCUCCUUGAGGAAGAGGUGUGCAAGUGUGAGAGUGCCAGGGCUGCUUUAGUUCAGGGACACUUCGGGCGCUCCGGUGACACGGCGGUACAUUAUGCAGCCAGGCAUGGGCACCUGCCGGUUCUGAAAUACCUGAUAGAGGAUCUUGGAGCUGACGUGGAACUCGUCAACGGCGAUUAUAAGCGAGCCUUGCAUGAAGCAGCGUCCAUGGGUCACAGAGAGUGUCUGAGGUACCUGAUUCUAAGAGGUGCCAAGAUCGACUGUUUGAAGAAGGCUGAUUGGACACCACUGAUGAUGGCUUGCACAAGAAGGAACCUGGAGGUGAUUAAGGAUCUGAUUGAUUCUGGAGCAAACAUGACCUUGAAAAACAAGGAUGGUUGGAAUUGUUUCCAGAUCGCCUGCCGUGAGGGCAAUCCAGAAAUUAUCCAGUAUCUUCUCCAAGUCAGCCCAGGCAUCUGGGAUGUGGAGAGCAAGGUGAAGAGGACUCCCCUACACACUGCAGCCAUGCAUGGGUGCUCUGAGGUUGUGGACAUACUUCUGGAAAGAUGUGGAUACAGAUCAGACGCCAAAGACAGCUGUGGUGUUACACCAUUCAUGGACGCUGUGCAGAACGGCCACAUUGGGAUUGCAAAACUGUUGCUAAAGAAACACAAGGCCAAUAUCUCAGCCAAGGAUGCAUUAGGAGCCCAGUCGCUGCAUCGAGCUGCAGUAACAGCACAGGACAAAGCCAUUCAGUUCCUGGUCAUGGAGCUUGGUGUGAACGUAAACGAGAGAGCUACGGAUCUUAACCUAACAGCCCUGCAUUACGCAGCCAAGGAGGGGCACGGAGGCACCAUAGAAACGCUGCUCACAUUAAGAGCUGAUGUGCAUGCAAAGGAUUCCAAAGCUUUACAUAUGGCAUGUGCAGGCCAGCAUACCAAGUGUAUAAGGCAACUAGUGGAUGCCGGGCUGAUUGAUUCUCCAGAUAACACAGGAAGGCUAGCAAACCAACUGCUCAAGAAUCCUGAAGCGCUCAAGCUUCUGGAAGAUGUGACUGACAUUAAAUGAAAGAUAAUUAACCAACCUCAUUUGCAGUUAUUUCUUUCUACCAGUGCUGCAACCAUGGUUCGGGUAUCUACAAACAUGCUCUUCAACCACGUUCAGCCUCUUACCUGAGAACACAGGUACCUCCAACUAUUCUAACUCUCCAACUCCCCCUCCUCACCUGCUUCUCUGCUGCUUUCAUUUUGGUAGUUUCCUUCAUUGAAAUGUACAAAGCAACAGGAUGGAUAAACAGAGGGUGCAUUCACUGGACUCUAGAUUCAGAAGUGAAUAAAAUAAAGGGUAAGCCCUUUGGAGAUGAAAAGAGUCAAUGAAUGUUGUUUACUUGCAUUUUCAAAGGCCUUUGACAGGGUGCCUCUCAUGAGGCUGCGGAGCAAGAUAAGAACCCAUGUUAUUACAGGAAAGAUACUAGCCUGAAUAGAAGAUUGACUGACUGGCAGGGUGUAAAGAGUGGGUAUAAAGGGGACCUUUUCUGGUUGACCAUUGGUGGCUAGUGGUCUUCCACAGGAGUUUGGGGUUGGACCAUUUAUUUUCUCAUAACGUCAACGAUUUGGAUGAUAGAACAGAUGGCUUUGUGGCCAAGUUUGUGGACAAUACAAAGAUAGGUGG